UCAAUAUGUAAUCCACAUAUUUUGUCUAAAAAUCUUCAUGACAAAUUUGCGGAUGUUCGUCCACUAAUUUGUAUAGUUUGUAUACCAACUCCGCAACGAGAAAAUGGCCAUCAAGACAUGUUCACUAAACCGAAAUGUGUGCUAAAAUUCUUUUCAUUAAAAACCCAUCAAAUUGUAAAAACGUUAGAUUUUGAUAAUGAUAGUAACAUUGUCGGUGUGAGUUGUAAUGAACGAGCUAUUGUUGUGUCUCUUACCAAUCCAUCAAGACUUCAUAUAUUCUCACCUUUAACACUGGCUCCAUUGUUUCUUUCACCAUUACAAGAUGUUGCAAUACAUCCUUCUACUCGAUCUCCGGUGUUCGCAUUAGGACCUCGAUUGUUGGCUUAUUCAACAACGAGUCAUCCUCCGGAAAUGGAUGCCAAGAUGGAUGAUUACGCAAUGGAUGAAAGUAAUGGUGCGGCUGGAACAACUGGAAAAUAUCAUGAAGUUGCUAAAGGUGUUGCAAAAGAAGUCGUUAAUGGUGUAAAACUUUUAGGCGAUUAUGGAUACCAGACUUUUUCUUCGUAUUUUGCCAAUACAAACUCACAGACUACUGUGCCUGUGAACUCACAAACUACAAUGCCUAUAAAUAUUAAGAAUCGUACAGGUUCAAUUAGUCCAGCUUCACGAGGUUCGUUCUCUCCACAAGACAGUCCAUCUAAUGGACAUUAUUACAAUUUAAAGGGCGGAGGUGUGAAUAGUGGUAGUGGUGAAAGUGCUAACAUGGUAGGUCUAAACGGUAACAUCAAUAGUUAUGAGAAUGAUAAAGAAAAUGGUGCUGUAGGAGCGGUUAUUAUACGUGACUUGGGUACGCUUGGUGGCGUACAAAAAAAACAACCUAGUAUUAUUGCUCAUUUUUCUCCACACACUCAUCCCGUUGGAUAUCUAUCAUUCAAUCCUUCGGGUUCUUUUUUGUUUUCAACAUCUGUUCAAGGUCAUCAAUUUCAUGUAAUUGAAAUUAUCGGCAAACAUCGCCAACGUAAAAGUAACAAGAAUUUAAAGCAUGUAUACCAACUAUCUAGAGGUUAUACAAAUGCUAGUGUUAGUGAUGGAGGUGUGGGUUGGAGUGGUGAUUCUAGAUGGUGUGCAGUCUCUAGUGGACGGGGGACCAUUCAUGUGUUUGCGAUAAAUCCCUAUGGUGGUCCUGCGCAUGUACCUUCUCAUAUAACAGGAUGGGUUAAUAAUGUAGAUAAAUUGUAUAAAUCAACCACGCAAUCACCUGUGGUUCGUAUUAAGCCUCGGACACCACUUCCGCAAGACUCAUCAGACGUUAAUGGUACCUCACAGGGCUCAAACAUAUAUGUUAAUAGGCCCCAUGAACAUUAUCCGUUAUCGUCUACAGAUGCUAAUGCAACUUCAAUUGAUCAGUCGCGUCGUCAAAGUCAAUUACACUAUCAAGGAAAUUUGAAUAAUAACUUUUACUCACAAUAUAAUGGACAAUCACAUCCCGCAUUUCAUUACUUGAGGAGAUCUCAAGGAAUCUGUGUUAAAUUCUUACCUUCUAUGUCUAAUAAUUCUAAAUCAGAAUUAAAUGCAAAUAAUGGUUUAUUAGUUGCAAACUUACAUGCUAAAAGACAAGCUAAAAGGAGAUCAUCUCCUAAUGUUGUAACCGAAGGAAUUACAUCAAAUGGUACUUCUAUGGGAAGAACAAGUCGUAGGAGAACUCAAUCAUGGUCUCAAAAUACUAUAAACAAUUUCUCUCAUUCUGAUUACCUUGGGGUUGAAACUCGUGAUAAUAAAUUAGAUGAUAUUGGAUAUCAAGAUUUGUUGAGCUUUCAUCCUUCUGGUAUAUUAACAUUACAUCGUCUAUGGAUGGAAAAAGCAGUUGUUGAAGAAACUUCCGGUCAAGGAACAAAAGAUGAAACGAAUAAUAAUAAUUUAAUUACUCUUGCUGGUACUCAGUUAUCAGGAAGCGCGGCUACAGUCGCAAAUGUUGGUAGAGCAUUAGUAGGUGGUGCCGCUGGUGUUGUGGGUAUAGGGAUGGGAAUUGCUGGUGCUGUUAAGAAAGAAUUAACAAAUUUAGACAUGGUGACAAAUUACGAAGAUAUUGCUGAGUGGCAAUUAAUUCGUAAUAGUUCUUGGACUGAAGUGAAGAAUAUCAUUGAAGCUCCAAAGAAAUGCACUGAAAGUGAAAUUUCGAUAAAACGAGAUGGAAAAAAAUGGCUUGCUAAUGCAGAAAUUGCAACGCAUACCAAUUCAAAAAUUUCCUUACCUCCACCAUUGUGGGCAACACCUCAAUUUUCAUUUCAGACAUUUCUACCUGGCUAUAAAGAUGCUAUAAAUAAAGGAGAAGUUCCUCGUUCAAAAAAGAUUGAAAUACGUAGAGACAUUGUGGAAAGUGUAGAACUUGUUAAUGAUGAAUUUGGUGUUAAAGGGUGGAUUAAUGAAAAAAAAUAUAAUCGUAAUAGUGGCAAAAUUAAUAAAGCGAUUCUUGUUCCCGCGGGUAAGGCAAUUGGCAAAGGAGUUGGAGACAUUUCUGUAAACUUGUCAACAGCAAUGAAAACGUCCCUUGACUUUACACCGUCUAGUCCAACCCUUUCUGCGUUUAGCACCAAAUCUAAAGAUCCUCGUAUAUCAAAUGGUUUAUAUAAUGGUCUUACACAACAGAUUGCUAGUGAUACAUCUAUAACGCCAUUGUCUUUUGAAGAUGCUUAUCACAUCCAUAUUGGAAAUAAUAUUUCUUCUAUAACGGCGUCAUCGACAUCAUCACCUAAACUUAAAAAUAAUCCAUUAGGGUUUUCACCGCUUUCAUCAAAUAUGAUGGCAAAUGAUACAACGUUUGAACAGCGAUCACCUCCAUUCACAAGAUCGUUUUCAUCAUCAUCUAUAGCUUCUGAUAUUACUUACAAUGAUGAAGUUGAUGAAUAUGUAAAAAGACUUGGUGGAAUGGAUGAAUCAAACGAAGGUGGAAAUUUCUUUUUUUCGCCUGAUGGUGAUAAUGAGGUAGAUUUACCUAGUGAUAGUGUGAUUGAACCA